AUGUCUAGAAUGAAAAGACUGAACCUCAUAAAUAAUCACUUAUCGUCGCAAUUUCCACCAAUUCCUUAUGACGAAUCCUUACAUCCUAUUAAAUUAUUUCUAGCCAAAUUUUUAUUUAAAAAUAAAUAAUCAUUUUUAUUAUGAAUCUCAAUAAUUUUAUUAAUAUGAAUAUUAACAAAGUUAGAUAAUUAUCGCAAAAAAGGAGAGGACGUAAAUAAAGAAAUUUUGCUGCGUCAUUUCUUUCGUGAUUCAUAUGAACGAAUUAUGGCCUAUCGAAACCAUAUGGCAAAUGAUCCAGUCUUUAACCAUAACGACGAGGCUGAAUUUUCUCGAGAAAGAAAGAGAGAACGAAUUAUCCAGCAAAUUGCAAGCAUUUAUUUUAAAGCUAACCUAUCCUAUGAAUCAUGCAAAGAAGAAUUUCUGAAGAAGUAUGAACUUCUUUAUACGCUUUGUGACUAUGACAUUGGACUAGCCACAAGACUACUUAUCCAUUUAGUUUUAUAUCUCUCAAUAAUGAUUUAAUAUAAAGGAAAUCAAAGUACUAGAUAGUUUUUUUUAAAUUUGAAGAUCCAUGCUUAACCAAAUAUAGUAUAUAUAUAAAUGCGAUCGAAAACUUAGGGACCUCUAAGCAUAUAGAACAUAUUAAAAGAGCUUAUCAUUUAUAGAAAAUUUAAAUGUAUUGUCCAUUGGCUUUAUGAGCUAAUCUAGUCUAGAAAAUUUAAGGAAAAAAAGCUAUAUUGGAUUAUGGCUGCUUUGGGAUGACAGAGCUUGGCCAUGGUUCAAAUGUAGCAAAAUUAGAAACGACUGCUACGUAUGACCAUAUCAAAAGAGAAUUUGUAAUAAAUUCCCCAACUGCCACAUCAGCAAAAUGGUGGAUCGGUGGAUUAGGAAAAACCUCGAAUAUGUCAGUUAUAUUCGCAAGGUUAAUCGUUGAAGGAGUUGAUAAAGGUAUCAAUGCUUUUGUUAUAUGCAUUUUUGCUUAAAUUGUCUAUAAUAUUGAUAAAAAUAAUAUAAGAUUUUCUUGAAAAGCUAGGCUUAGAGAAUAUAUCAUUGAAACCUAUACCAAUUCGUGAUAAUCAAACCCAUGAUUGUCCUCCUCGAGUCAUUAUAGGUGAUUGUGGGAAAAAAAUUGGGCUCGAUGGGAUUGAUAACGGAUUUAUUUUAUUUAGAAAUUAUAGAGUUCCUUAUGACUCUUUACUAGAUAAAUUUAGUUCUAUUACUGAAGAUGGCAAAUUUAAAAGUAAUCUGUUUAGGAUUAAUUAUCAGGGAGGAAAUCUAAUUGGAAUAUUUAUGUGUAAUUUAUUAAUGUUAUAAUAAAAAACUAAAGUAUUCAGCCGAAAGCAGUAUAGCAUAAAAAAUAAGGAAAAAAGGCUUGGAAUCAUGAUGGUUGGGCUGAUUGGAGGAAGAGUCGCUGUAGUCUGUGCUGCUGAACAGCAUAUGAAAAGUGCUUUAACUGCUGCUUUAAGAUUUUCAGCCGUAAGAAAGCAAUUCAGCUCAACUGAAACGGAAAAUUCUGUUCUAGAUUACCCUUUACAGCAAUAUAAAUUAAUUCCCCACCUUGCAAGCAUCUUUGCAAUCAGAUCAAUUGUUCUAUGGUUCAAUGAAAAUAUGCCAAUUAUUCAAAAAAAAAUUGAUGAAAACCCUGAAGGACUUGAGGUUUCAGAAUUUCAUGCAAUUCUUUCAGCAUGCAAAGGGGUAGCUUCUUGGUAUGCUAAUUCAUGCGUGAUACAAUGUAGAGAAGCAACUGGAGGGCUAAGCUACUCUGCAUAUGCAAAUUUAGGGAGAAUUAUGAUGAAUGCGAGUGUAGGAGUUACAUGGGAAGGUGAUAAUGGGGUAUUGAUUCAGCAAACAGGAAAAUUUAUACUUAAGCAAAUUCAAAGGACCUUUAAAGGUCAUAUAAUUGAUGCUCCAACACUAAAGUGUAUACAAGUUGACCAUGAAAAAGUGAUGCAGUUCAAAGCUAGAUUUGAAAAUUCUAACUCCCCUUACGUGAGCGAAUAAAACUAUUGGAAAAUCCCUUUUUUAGGGUGAAACCCACCAUCUGUUAGCGAGCAAAAAAUUUUUAUAAAAAAUAUUUUGAUAUAUAAGCAAUAAUUAUUAUAAUGAAAUCUCGGGCUAAUUCUGCAGAGUUGCAAAUAGUCUGCACUUUAAAACAUAAAUUUUACAAAUUAAUGGCUUUUAAAAAAAUAUAUAAAAAAAUUUUCCUAUUAAAAUUUAUACAUAAUUGUUUUUAAAAAUUAAUAAUAAUCCUGCUUGAAGCGAACAAAAUUUUUAUUUCGCUGACGGAGGGGGAGAGUGAGCAACUUGAGAACGAAAGUAUUCUUUUUGAGAUAAUAGAGUUUAGAUUAAAUUAUCUUCUCCAUCAGAGCAUGAUGAGACUCCAAGAAGUCACAGGGAACUCAAAAGAUAUGUUUGAUGCUUGGAAUAAAUCACAAGUUUAUUACAUACAAGAGUUAGCGAAAGCCUACGGAGAAUACAUUAUGAUGAGAGAGUAUGCGAAAUUUGUAAAUUUCCACAAUUAAUGUCAAACAGUUUUUGUUUAUUAAUAAUGUUUUUUAAUUAAUUUAGAAAUUUUAGAAGAAAAACAAUAAAUAAAAAAAAAAUGCAUCAAAUAGAAGAGAAUUUAUAGUUCUUUUUAAUAUUAAAAUAAAAUAAAUAAAUAAAUAAAACUUAAAAGGAAAUGAUACUUUUAAACUUUUUAAUUUUUAAAAAUUUUGUCCUCAUCGAAGAGAUGCAACUAAAAUUCAAACCUAUAGGCUUUGUUUAUCAUUAACUGAGGAUGUAAGAGAAUUGGAGGAAAAAUGCGAAAAGACAGGGAAAGUUAUAAGAAAACUUUUUAUUCUCUUUAGUGUAGGAAUAAUUGAAAGAAACUUAGCUUCUUUCCAAGAUAGUGCAAUGAAUGCUCACCAAGCCAAGGUUGUAAGAGACAGCAUGGUUAGAUUGUGUGAAGAGCUAGCCGAAGUAUGCAUUAAAGUAAUUGACGCAAUUGCGCCUCCAGAUUCUAUUCACGGUUCAGUUUUAGGAGCAGCUGAUGGGCAAGUUUAUGCAAAAUUAAUAGAACAAGUUGAAAAGGCUGAUGGAGUUUACGAUAAGCCUCAUUGGUUACCUCUACUUCAAAAAGUCAAGCAAGUUAAAAAGACUUAG